ACUUGACUUGAAAAACGAAAUCAAUUGUUUGCUCUACCUCUGUUGUUUCUGGGAAGGUACGCGGUAGCUGCAAGAAAACUCAUAAAUCACCCCCCCACCCCACCCCCCUCUCCUUUCUCCCUCCUCCUCUCCAAUAUAUACCUCAGAUCAUGAAGUUUGGGAUGUCAAUGAGAGUCUUUCUCCGUUCGGUUUUGAAAGUAAACGCAAUUGAUCGGGUGAGGCAAUUAUACGCAACUUUGAUCUGUCUUACGAAGCCGCUGGUCAAUCAUAAAUAAGAACUUGCUCACUGAUCAGCCUGUCACAGAUACAGACAUAUAUAUGUAUAUAAAGUUUUUUGCUUCCUAAGAAGAAAAGCCUCCAGGAAAUCUAGCAGAUAACGGCAGUCGAUCGAGUCGAAAUCCAAGUAAGACGUUACAGGUCUUUCAUUUUCAAGAGUUCGGUAACUUGGAAAGAUCGAUGGAGAAGCAGAUCAGAGACCCAUAAUCCAUUCCAUUAAAUCCGAGAUACCAAAUUAUAUAUAGAAACUCGAAUUUCAUUAACUUCCCCACCUUCCUUCUCACUUCUCACCACCACCCAUGGGUCAGCACGAAACCACCGCUGCGAGGAGAGGCAGCUUGAAGCGAAAGCUGGAGCCUGAAUUCGAAGAUCGGAAGGAGGAUGCCAAGGUUCUUUCUCUCGAACCCCGCGUGCAUCGCCACGUUAACAUCCGCCAUUCCGCUAUGGAACUACCCAAAGAAGUCAACUCAAAUCCAGCCAUUACAAACACCUCCUUUUCCAUGGCUUCUCCAACUCUUCCUUCACCGUGCCCAAGUGUUUGCAAUUAUGAUGUCUUUCUAAGUUUUAAAGGUGAAGACACUCGCAAGAAUUUCACUGAUCACUUGUACUCCGCCUUAAUGCGAGUUGGAAUACAUACAUUUCGAGAUGAAGGAGAGCUCCCCAGGGGAGAGAUCAUCUCUACCGAACUGCACAACGUGAUUCAUGGAUCAAAAGUUUCCAUUGUGGUUUUCUCAAAAGGCUAUGCUUAUUCUAAGUGGUGCCUUAAUGAGCUUGUCGAGAUUAUACACUGUGCAAAAAUUAGAGGCCAAACUCUUCUUCCUAUAUUUUAUCAUGUGGACCCCUCGGAUAUCCGAAAACAAACUGGAACUUUUGCAGAUGCAUUUGCUAGGCAUGAAGAGCUAUUUAAGAAUGAUAUGGAACGGGUGGAGGGGUGGAGAGCAGCACUUACAGAAGCUUGUUCUCGUUCCGGCUUGGAUAUUAAGGAAGUGGCAAACGGGUAUGAAGCAAGACUCAUAGACCAAAUUGUGAAAGAAGUUUUAAGUAAAUUGAAGCCAGCUGAGUAUUUGGACGUUGCCAUUCACCCAGUAGGAGUCAAUUCACGUGUUGAAGAGAUGAAAGCUUUAUUAAAUCUUGAAACAAGUGAUGUUCGCAUUGUUGGCAUCUAUGGGAUGGGCGGUAUUGGUAAAACCACGAUAGCAAAAGCUGUCUAUAACCAAAUACGUGAUACAUUUGAAGGAAGCAGUUGUCUUAUCGAUAUCAAGGAAAAGUCUGAACAGUUGGUUCGUUUACAAAAACAACUUCUUUUUGAUAUCUUGAAAAUGAAGAAAUUUAGGAUUGAUAGUGUUGAUAGAGGUAUCAGAUUGAUUCAAGAAAGAAUUCAAGGCAGAAGAGUCCUUGUUGUUCUUGAUGACGUGGAUGACUUGAAACAAAUAUAUGCCUUAGUUGGACAAUGCAAAUGGUUUGGUCCCGGAAGCAGAGUCAUUAUAACAACUAGAAAUGAACAUUUGCUGACACAAGCACAAGUGAAUGGAAAGUAUGAGGUUAGAAAAUUGGAUGUGUCUGAAUCUCUUCAACUUUUCAGUUGGCAUGCCUUUGGAAUGGCCCAUCCGACGGAAGAUUACCUGGACCUUUCAUAUAGUGCCAUGAAAUAUGCUGGAGGACUUCCAUUAGCUCUUGAAGUUCUAGGUUGUUUUCUGUUUAGAAGAAGUGUCAUUGAAUGGAAAAGUGAGUUGGAAAUAUUACAAAAAAUGCCUCACGACAAGAUUCAUAAAAUACUUAAAAGAAGUUUCGAUUCCCUUGAUCAUAAUAGAAAGAUCAUAUUCCUUGAUAUUGCAUGUUUCUUUGUCCGUGUAGAGAAAGAAUAUGUCAUUGCAAUACUUGAUGGUUGUGGCUUCUCAUCCAUAAGCGGGAUUAACAUUCUUGUUCAAAGGGCCCUCUUGAGAAUUGACAUGCAACAUAAAUUGGUGAUGCAUGAUUUGAUUCGAGAUAUGGGAAGGGAAAUUGUUCGUGAAGAAUCGGACCAAUAUCCAGGAAAGCGUAGUAGAUUGUGGUUUCGCAAUGACGUCUUGAGUGUAUUGCACAAAGAUACGGGAUCGAAAGCAGUGCAGGGUCUCAUCCUAUAUCCAUUUGAUGAGCUUAGAGAUGAUGAACGUUUGAGGACCAAAGCAUCUGUUGGGAAGGGUCACAUCCUAAACUCACCCGAGCUUAAAGAAGAAAACAUGAAAGCCGAAGCAUUUGAAGCGAAUGGUUUCACCCUACAUUUGCCUGGGCUUAAAGUAGAACAUUUGAAAACGGAAGCAUUUGCAAAUAUGCAGAAUUUGAGACUGCUACAAAUCAAUGCUGUACAUCUCACAGGAAGUUUCGAAUAUCUUUCCAAGGAGCUAAGAUGGCUUUGUUGGCAUGUCUGCCCUCUGAAAUUUUUACCUAAAAAUUUUCAUCUAGAGAACCUUGUUGUUCUUGAAAUGCGGUACAACAAUCUCACACAAAUCUGGGAAGGGAACAGGAUACUCAACAGUUUAAAAUUUCUUAAUCUCAGCUAUUCCAGAACUCUCAUAAAAUUGCCAGACUUCUUACAAGUCCCACAUCUAGAGAUACUAUUACUUGACAAAUGUGUAAACUUGGUUGAACUGCAUGAGUCUAUUAAACAUCUGAAAGGGCUGGUCAGUCUGAGUUUAAGAGGCUGCAAGAAAGUUAGAAAUCUUCCAGAAAGCAUUUCUAACUUAACAUCUCUUGAAAUUCUUAACUUGUCAGGCUGCUUAAAACUUGACAAGUUGCCAGAGAAAUUGGGGAAUUUGACGACUUUAAAAAAGUUUUUUGCAAACAGCACUGCUAUCAAGCAAUUACCAUCCUCCUUUAGUCUUUUGAAGAAUCUCAAAGCCAUAUCAUUAUUUGGACAUGAAGGAACUUCUUUAGAAUCUUGGUUGUCAUGCUUCUCAUCGUGGAUUUCAUCACCAAAAUGCUUCAACCCCUUGAAUUUGGUACGAGCUUCAGUUGUUGGAUUUUAUUCUUUGGGAAAUCUAGUUCUCAAUAACUGCAACUUGUCUGAAGCUGAGAAUGCCAUUGAUCUCGGAGGUUUACCUUCACUUCGAGAAUUGGAUCUAUCAAAAAACAAAUUUUGUAAGCUACCUCAAGGCAUUGGUCUUCUCUCUAAAUUAGGAAUGUUGCGUUUGGAAAAUUGUGCAUCCCUUCACUCAAUUUCAGAACUCCCUGCAAAGCUACGGAUCCUGUUUGCAAAUGGUUGCUCAUCAAUGGAAAGGCUCUCACUUUCUCCGAGUUCACAAUUAUUUGGUCUUUCCCUCAAUAACUGCAGCAAACUGGUUGAGAUUCAGGGCUUGAAUUUGGAACCAAUUUCAUUCAUUGAAAUGAUUGGGUGCGACAAUCUACCAUCCAAUUUUAGGAUUAAUCUUCUCCAGUAUCCGUCAACCCAGAGUGCUGCGCCAAGACUAUUUUGCCUCCCUGGCCAUGAGGUUCCAAAUUGGUUUAGGCAUCAAAGAAUUGGAUCUUCAAUUUCCUUUCGUGUACCUUCUCCUUCAGAAGGUGAGAUUCGCAUGCUACUUAUUUGCGCUGUUUGUACAUUUCAGAACUUGAACUCGCCACAGCUGCAAGUGAUGAUCCAUAAUAAAUCCCGAGGCUACCAUCAUGUUCUUGUUCGCAUAUGGUUUGACGAUUGUGUAGGCAUUUCACAAAACUUGUUCUUAUCCCAAGCGCAUGUUAUAAGAAAUAAGUUGAAGACAGUAGAUUUUCCAGAAAAAGAAAUGGAAAUGGUUAGUGGAGAGGAAAUCGAGGUGUCUUUUAAUAAUUCGAGCUCGGCCGACAUUGAGGUGAGCAAGUGUGGCGUUCAUCUUCUGCUGGAGAAGCCAAAUGUAAUAGAUAACCAUGGAAGUAUGGUCCAAUAUCUCAGUUAUGAUACUGCUAAAAAUGCUGAAAUGUCUGCUGCAGCCGUUGAUGAUGAGAUCUCUUUCCAUUAUGAAGUUGAGGACUAAUGCCUGCAAAGAUCGUUCAUAGGUGAACUAAGGGCUUAAUCCUCUUACGAAAGGUGGGAAAUUGUGGCUGGAAGAAUGGAUAAAAAGAUACAACCUGACUGUUCAUUUCCUUUUGUGGUCUGUUAUCCUUUAUCACGCACUUAAAAGCGAAUCAUGUUCACAUACUCUUCCUAGUUAUGUUGAUUUGUAAUAUUUUAUUUAUGUUUGGUUUGAAUAAUAAAAAAGGAUCCGGCUGGCCUCU